UGUAGAGUGGAGCACCCCGCCGGAGGGUACAAGAAACUGUUCGAGACAGUGGAGGAGCUGGCUACACCAAUGAGUGUGCACGUCACAGGCCGUCUUCCCCCCUGGCUGUCCGGCAGUCUCCUGAGAUGUGGUCCUGGCCUGUUUGAAGUUGGCUCUGAGCAGUUUUAUCAUUUGUUCGAUGGUCAAGCUCUCCUCCACAAAUUUGAGAUUAAAGACGGUCACGUGACCUACCAUCGGCGAUUUGUAAAGACUGAUGCAUAUGUCCGGGCCAUGACUGAGAAAAGAAUUGUCAUCACCGAGUUUGGAACGUUUGCUUACCCCGAUCCCUGCAAAAACAUCUUUUCCAGGUUUUUCUCUUACUUUAAAGGGAUAGAGGUGACGGACAAUGCCCUGGUCAACAUCUACCCCGUAGGGGAGGACUUUUACGCCUGCACAGAAACCAAUUAUAUCACAAAGGUUGAUCCAGAAACACUAGAGACCAUUAAAAAGGUAGAUCUCUGCAACUACAUCUCCAUCAAUGGGGUGACGGCACAUCCGCACAUCGAGAAUGACGGCACGGUCUACAACAUCGGGAACUGUUUUGGGAAGCAUUUUGCCUUUGCUUAUAAUGUGAUCAAAAUUCCCCCUCUGCAAGCAGACAAAGAAGAUCCAGUGACAAAAUCCCAGGUUGUUGUCCAGUUACCUUGUAGUGACAGAUUUAUGCCAUCCUAUGUUCACAGUUUUGGAUUGUCGCCAAAUUAUAUAGUCUUCGUAGAACAACCAGUGAAGAUCAAUCUGCUGAAGUUCCUUUCGGCGUGGAGUAUUUGGGGGGCCAAUUACAUGGACUGCUUCGAGUCCCAUGAAACUAUGGGGGUUUGGAUGCACGUCGCAGAAAAGCACACCGGGGAAUAUCUCAAUAUAAAAUACAGAACUUCGGCUUUCAACAUUUUCCACCACAUCAACACCUAUGAAGACAAUGGAUUUCUAAUAGUGGACGUGUGCUGCUGGAAAGGCUUUGAGUUCAUCUACAAUUACCUUUAUCUGGCCAACUUGCGUGAAAACUGGGAAGAAGUUAAAAGGAUCGCAGACAAAGCGCCACAGCCAGAAGCACGCCGAUACGUCUUGCCUCUCGAUAUCCAGAAGAAUGAUGUGGGAAAAAACUUGAUUAGUUUGCCGUACACAACCGCCACAGCUACUUUGCGCAGCGAUGACACCAUCUGGCUUGAGCCUGAGGUUCUCUUCUCAGGGCCACGGCAAGCCUUUGAAUUCCCACAGAUCAAUUAUAAAAAGUACGCUGGAAAAGAUUAUUCGUAUGCCUACGGACUGGGCCUGAACAAUUUUAUUCCGGACAGGCUUACGAAGCUGAACGUCAAAACCAAAGAAACUUGGGUAUGGCAAGAGCCCAAUACCUACCCCUCUGAGCCGAUAUUUGUAGCAUCCCCGGACGCCACAGAAGAGGAUGACGGUGUGUUGCUCAGCAUCGCUGUUUGCCCAGGUGUGGGGCACAAACCAUCUUUCAUGCUGAUUUUGGAUGCCAAAGACAUGAGUGAAAUCGCCAGAGCUGAAGUCGACACCAACAUUCCCGUCACAUUUCACGGGAUGUUCAAAAAAGCGUGA